CCUUUAUUAUCUGCCUUCUCAUUAUUCUUCCUCUUCACACUUUCUCCAUUGCAAUGCCAAUCAGCAUGAAGACCAUCAUUUCCUCUCAAUUUGUCCUCCUUUCACUCCUUCCAAUUUGCUUCACAUGGCUUGCUUUUGGAGCCAACAAACUGCCACAAAAUGAGGUGGAUGCGCUGAAGGAGAUAGCUAAAACACUUGGUAAGGAGAAUUGGGACUUCAGUGUAAAUCCAUGCUACAGCUGGAAUCUUUCCAAAGACAAUAUGGUUUCUUGCAAUUGCGAUAUUUCUAAUGACAGUUUCUGCCAUGUCAUGAAAAUAGCUCUGAAAUCACAAAAUCUUCGAGGCAAUCUUCCCCCACAACUGAUCGAAUUACCUUAUCUCCAAGAGAUUGAACUCAGCCGUAACUACCUUAGUGGUACAAUUCCUAGACAAUGGGGCUCCUCCAACCUUCAAAAAAUUUCUCUUCUUGGAAACCGAAUAACUGGCCCAAUCCCAAAAGAGCUGGGAAAACUCACCAAUCUUACACGCUUGAUCCUUGAGUUCAAUCAACUCUCUGGAAAGCUUCCUUCAGAACUUGGGAAUCUUGUCCUCAUUAAACAACUACAUCUAAGCUCCAAUAACUUCACUGGUCCAUUGCCAGCAACUCUUGCGAGGCUUACUACAAUGGAUGAAUUUCGAAUUAAUGACAACCAGUUUUCUGGCAACAUACCUGAUUUUAUUGGAAGUUGGAAAAGUCUUGAUCAACUACAUAUGCAAGGGAGUGGUUUAAGUGGACCAAUUCCUUCGGGAAUUUCACUUCUAAACUUAACUGAUUUGAGGAUUAGUGACUUAAAUGGACCUGAUUCAACUUUUCCACGACUAGAAAAUAUGACAUAUCUGAAAUAUUUGAUAUUAAGGAGUUGCAAUAUCAAUGACACAUUUCCUCAGUAUCUUGUAAGGCUAUCACGUUUGCAAAUUUUAGACCUCAGCUAUAACAAAUUAAAUGGACCAGUCCCGAAAAACCUUCAAGAAGUAGCAUUAGCAAGCUACAUAUAUUUAACUGGAAACUUCCUCACUGGACUGGUACCUGAGUGGACAAGUGCCAAUAAUAAAAAUUUAGAUCUUUCAUAUAACAACUUCAGUGUUGAAGACCGAGAGUCAAAGAUAUGUUACCAGAAAACUGCGAACUUGUUUGGAAGCUUUUCAAGGACUAACUUAGGACCAGUUUCUUGUGAGAACAGCACUAGAACCUGUACUAAGAAUGUUCAAUCUCUAUAUAUAAAUUGUGGUGGAAAGCAGGUUGUUGUUGGAGGUAUAACAUAUGAUGAAGAUAUGGAUUCAGCUGGACCAGCAGUGUAUAAACAGAGUAGAAACAACUGGGCAUUUAGCAACACAGGUCAAUUCAUGGACAAUAAUACUUUAGCUAUACAAGGAAAGCUUCCCGCCUAUACCACAGAAAAUGAAACCAGGCUUUAUAUGACGGAUGCCGAAUUAUAUAAGAAUGCGCGUAUUUCCCCCAUGUCUUUGACUUAUUAUGGAUUUUGCUUGGAAAAUGGAGACUACACAGUAAAGCUUCACUUUGCUGAGAUAAUGUUUACAGCUGAUAGCACAUAUAGCUGCUUAGGGAGGCGUCUAUUUGAUGUAUAUAUUCAGGGAAGGCGAGUACUGAAGGAUUUCAACAUUGCUAAUGAAGCACAAGGAGUUGGAAAGGAACUCAUAAAAGAAUUUCCUGCUCAUGUGAGUACUAAUGACUUAGAGAUCCGCUUCUAUUGGGCAGGCAAAGGGACAACAAAUAUCCCGUAUAAAUCAGUAUAUGGUCCUCUUAUAUCCGCUAUUUCUGUCAAGUAUGCUCAGUAUGACUCUACAGGUGACAUGUCUGCAGGAGUUAUUGUUGCAAUUGUAGCUGCAUUAGUGAUUGUUGUCAUCUUGAUUGUUCUUGGCAUACUUUGGUGGAUGGGUUUCAUUGGUGAUUGUUGUUGGAAUGCUUCGGUGGAAGGGUUAUUGUCAACGUCAAACUUCCUGCCUCAUUUUGGUCGAAAGAAACAUUUAUUAAUGAAAGAGCUCAGAGAUCUAGAUCUACAAACUGGUGUAUUUACCUUACAUCAAAUCAAAGUUGCAACAAAUAACUUUGAUAUUUCCAAUAAGAUUGGAGAAGGAGGCUUUGGUCCUGUUUAUAAGGGCAUUCUGUCAAACAGCAAACCAAUAGCAGUCAAACAACUAUCACCUAAAUCAGAGCAAGGAACCCGUGAGUUUAUAAAUGAGAUAGGCAUGAUCUCUGCUUUGCAACACCCUAAUCUUGUUAAACUUUAUGGCUGUUGUGUUGAGGGAGAUCAAUUGUUGCUAGUAUACGAAUAUAUGGAAAACAAUAGCCUUGCACAUGCGUUAUUUGACUCAGGAGAUAGACAUUUGAAAUUGAGUUGGCCAACAAGGAAGAAGAUUUGUGUUGGUAUUGCUAGAGGUUUAGCUUUCAUGCAUGAAGAAUCAAGACUAAAAGUUGUUCACAGGGAUUUAAAGACCUCUAAUGUGUUGCUUGAUGAAGACCUAAACCCAAAGAUAUCUGAUUUUGGUUUGGCCAGGCUUCGUGAGGGAGACAAUACUCACAUAAGCACCAGAAUUGCAGGGACUUGGGGAUAUAUGGCUCCUGAGUAUGCAAUGCAUGGUUAUCUGACCGAAAAGGCAGAUGUUUAUAGUUUUGGGGUUAUUACCAUAGAAAUUGUAAGUGGAAAAAGAAACACUAUUCACCAAUCAAAGGAGGAAGCAUUUUAUCUUCUUGAUUGGGCACGUUUGUUGAAAGACAGAGGUAGCAUAAUGGAGCUAGUUGAUCCAAGGUUGGGUAUAGAUUUCAAUGAAGAGGAGGUAAUGUUGAUGGUCAAAGUGGCUCUCCUAUGCACCAAUGUCACUUCAACCCUUAGGCCCUCCAUGUCUACUGUGCUAAACAUGCUUGAGGGCAGAACGGUAGUUCCAGAAUUUGUUGCACUGUCAAGUGAGGUAUUGGAUGAGAUGAAGUUGGGGAUAAUGAGAGAGUUUUACAGUCAAAUGGAAGAAAAUAACACAAGUGAGGCACGAAGUUUGAGCUUGACAAUGGAUGUUCCAUGGACUUGUUCAUCUUCAUCAGCUGUAGAUCUCAAUCCGGCUCACCUUGAUGCUUCCUGUUGGGAGAAAAAGAAAUUAAGAGAGUCUGUAUGAAUUGCAUUCAUUUGCAUAGUUUCCUAUUGUUAGGAGAGAAAUUCUCUGAGUUAAUCACACAAUUAGUUUGUUAUGAUUAGUUACUUGUCAGUGCUCAAUAGUUAAUAUAAAUUGGAACACCAUGUACCUUUUCAGCAUCAUUAAAUCAAUCAGUAUUAUUCCUCUUGAAAAUUACGAUAUUUGGCAUAUACC